UUCUUCCUCAACCCUCCCCUCCCUCUCCUUCGACGAGCCUUCACCGUUAUUCUACGAGUAUCAAGUAUCGAGUAUCGAGUAUCGAGUAUCGUCUGUCCCAGUAUCGCAUCGCCAAAGCUAUAGCAAGCACGUAUCGAGUGCCCUUGUAGUUGGUCGAAGGGAGACAGCAGAGGCCCUCUCUCCUCUCCUCUACAUAUCCUCUUCACAUUUUUCCUUCGUCGAUCCUAGAUACACCCGUCUGAUCAUCCUUGUUACUUCCCCACUCCAUCUCGAUCAUGGCGGUCGAGGUGCAACCAGCGACGACGUCGGUUGUGCCGACGGGGCCAAUCGAGACGGUCCGUCAGCCUCAGAGAUCAUCCGCGACGCUUGAGGAUCAGGCCGCCAGAACCGCCUUGUAUAUUACCAACUACGAUGAGCUCGUCACCCCGGCAACCAGAACCGGGCACGAAUACCUCGACAGCGAUUACAGAUUGUCGUCUGCUGGCGCUGCAGCAUCUCUCAAGUACGCGAAUCCUCGAGACCUUCCCAGCUAUCCCUCUACCGGCUUCAAAAGAAGCGACUCAGCUGCCGGCGCCGCGGCAAGCCUAGGAUGGGCAAACCAGAAGCCCUUUGAGCUUUGGCAACCAGAUCCGUCGGCAUCCGCAUCUGCUGCGGCCAUAUCGGCGAAGGAUUAUAAGAUGCCGCCACUCUGGCAACCCGAACAAAGUUCACAUGGCGCCAAGGCGGCUCUCGUAGCACAGAGAGGUGGCGGAAAGGUCGAUAUCUGGCAGCCGCAAACCUCAUCCUGGGGUAAUUCUGCCGCCUCGCAGGCGCUGAGGAAGCACAGUACCGGAGGCUUGUCUCCUGUGCUCGAUUACGGGUACACCGAUCUAGGCCGCAGGCGGUCGGUCAUGGCUGCAUCAGGCGCGAUGUCCCAAGGUAGAAAACGAGCCGAAUCAACGCCAGUCGAGCACCCCAAAGCCAAAGUUGAGACUUAUCCAGAUGAGAAGAAUGCUAGCGCCAAUGCCUUGAGGGCUGCCACAUCUGCUUCUAGACGGCAGAGACGUGGCGAUGCCUCCACGGAGAUCGGAGCAGUCAACCCAGUCACUGCCUUGCCACGGGAUAUGUACACAUCUCAACCGCCUGUUGCUCCUGAGGUCGAUGAAUUGAACAGGCAGAACAGCCUGCACGCAUCAGCUGUUGCGAUGGCUAAGGGAAUGUAUAAUCAGCAGCAGAGGCAGUUUGAAGCCGCCUCGAACGCCCAUUAUGGAGCCGCAGCGGCUCACGCUAGAAGAGUCUCGACGUCUACAUCCGAUGACGAAGUACAACCAGGACGCUUCAGCAACCUUCAAGAUGCGGCGCAAAAGUUAGCCCAAGAACGUUUGGCCAGGCUGCAUGACGAGCAUGCACGAAAUCGCGAAUACCGCGAUUACUAUGGGAGCCCCCAGCCAACGUCGAGGAUCUCAACCAGGGGCAGAGCUAGACGCCGAGCGACAAGUGAGGGCGCUACGGCCCCGGAUAAAGAUCGGCCCAACAAGACUCGAGCGGACAUGUCAUUAUUUUCUAGUAGCCUAUCCCAGGUUGACGCGAAGAAACGGCAGGCAGACCGGGAAGCCUUGAUCGCUGCAGCACAGCGAAAUGUGAGACAAAGUUUACAUGGCAUGGAUGAAAGAGUUUUUGCCGAUACAGGCAAAGUGGCUCCCUCCUUGCUUAGUGAGUGGGAGCUGAAGGCCCAUGCUGCUGCGCAAGAACAGAAUGAGAACCGUGUGGAGAAUUAUGGGAAGGUCCAUAUUGGUGGUGGGAAGUUUGUUGAUCAGAGCGAAAUCGAUAUGGUCGCCCAAAGAAAUAUCCAACCAGUUCUGGAUGAAAUCAAUGAGGCCGCUGAUGGGGAGAGAGAACGCCAAGCGGCAUUAAAAGUGGAGCGAGAAACCCAUACUAGGAAGUCUACUGAGCAGAAGACAAGGGAUAAGGAGUCCAAGGCAAUUAAUAAGAAACUGAAACAACAAGACAAAGAGGAGGAAAAGAUGCGGAAGGCUGAAGAGAAGGCAGCCAAAAAGGAAGAGGCGCGACGGGCAAAGGAAAAGCGCAAGUCUGGAAGGCAUGGUGCUCAGGAGGCAGAAUCAGCUGAGGAGGCAGUAGUCACUGAGCCAGCUGCCACUGAGCCAGCAGUCAGUGAGCCCGCAGCCACUGGACCUGCUGUCACUGAGCCCGCAGCCACUGGACCUGCUGUCACUGAGCCCGCAGUCACUGGACCAGCAGCCACUGAGCCAACUGUCACUGAGCCAGCAGUUGCUGCACCCGUGGCUGUUGCGGAAGAACCAGUCGCAAUUGCACAACGCCGCUCAGUCUCCGAACCGGCGCCUAUCCGUACGUCGAUGGAAGACCAGGCCAGUUUGCGUAUGCGCGAGCUCGCCGCAGCUGCGAAUAGAGACAACAUGAUCGAGACUCCCCCUACGCCGCCUGCGAGCCCGCCCGGGAACAAGAGGGUUAGAAAUUGGUUCAAGAGUAGGUUUUCGAGGCGGAAGAACCGAUCCCUUUCAGAGAACGAGAAAUCAAAGAAGGAGGGUUUUGUUGGUGGUGCUGCUCUGACCGGUGCAAGUGCCAAUAAUAGCACCGCGAGUCUCCACGGCGCUCACCCCUCCUCAGUGCGCGAUGUAGCCAUGGCGGGCAGGCCUAGAGAGGAGGCUAGAGAGGAGGCUAGAGAGGCUGUUAAAGAGGCUCCUAGAGAAGAGCAGCCGGUCCUCGAGUCUCAACCGGAGAGAACAGCAGGCAGGACUGGGCGUCGAGCGUCAGAAGUCAGCUCGGUCUCCACAACGGAAAUAGCUGGUACGGCGGAUGAAGAAGAAUUCCAGGAAGCGAGAGAUAACUUCGACGAGGCACUUACCUCUCACCCCGUAGAGAAACACGUUACUCCUGUACGGGACGACGAGGCACUUACCUCUCACCCUGUAGAGAAAAGCGUUAGUCCUGUACGGGACUCGAAGUUCACGGAAGAGAUCUAAAAGCAUCAACGAACUACGGCUGUAUUCUCACCAAAUUCCCGAACAGCCUUGUCGAUUUUUGUGUUCGUCCCUUGUUAUCCCUCUGUAUGCGUUCAGUUUGGAGUUUUGUCGGCUCGGGGCCUUGGUUAGGAAAUGGUCAUGAUGAGAGGAAACUGGCUGUACUAUACUGCACACCUAUACUGCACACUCUAUUAUAUAUGCAGGUUCCGAUUGCUGAUGUGCUGUACAUACUGAACGAGUAGGAUGAAGGCGUUUCGCAGGAUACGUUUGCCCAUCAGGGUUUCUUGGGGUCUUUGUUUUACGUUAGGAUGUUCACUUCCUCGAAAUAUUGGAGGGUCUAUUAAUAUAGUGAGCAUAUUCACCUUUCCAUGGGGGUCCUAUCUAUAAAACUUCCGUCUUCAUUCCUUCAGGGGAGUGCCAUCCAUCCACUCAU